UUAUUUUCUCCUGCGACCACCGUGUUUGUGGUUGGUCUGGUCUCUUCCUGUCUGAGAGUUUCCUGGUUGAUGCUGCAGAGAAAAGUGAACAGUCACACAGACAAUCAUCCUAAAAGAAGAAGCGGAUUGAUGUUUCUGUCUGUCAAACUGCUGUUGGUCUGAAGAAUGGAGGGAACAUCUGUCCAGAUGCUGCUGGCUCUGAGCUCCCUGCUGUGCUGCACAACAAACCAAAUUGGUGUGACUGUGAGUCCCAGCAGAUCUCAGUUCUUUGAAGGAGAAUCAGUGAUUCUGAACUGUGAGGACGACAGCUCUGCAGGAUGGACUCUGAGGAGAAACACCAGCAGAAGAACCAGGACUCAGUGUGGACCUGAGUGGGGAUCAGGAGAUGGUUUGUCCUGUAACAUCAGUUACAUGUACCCAGCAGACAGUGGAGUGUACUGGUGUGAGUCCAGAGGGGGAGGAGCCAGCAGCAUGGUGGUUAACAUCAGUGUCUCUGGUGGAUCAGUGAUCCUGCAGAGUCCUGUCCUCCCUGUGAUGGAGGGUCAUGACCUCACUCUGAGCUGUCAAUCAAAGACCCCUCCCUCCAACCCCUCAGCUGCUUUCUAUAAAGAUGGCUCCCUCAUCAGGACUGAGCCUACAGGUCACAUGACCCUCCAGCAUGUUUCCAGGUCUGAUGAAGGUCUCUACAAGUGUCACAUCAGGGAUCAUGGAGAGUCUCCAUCCAGCUGGAUCUCUGUCUCAGGUGAGGAGCUUCACUGUCAUCUCACCAUGGAUUUCCUCCAUGCAGUCACCUGA